AUGUCUCUGGCUUCGAAUUCCAGUCGAAGUUCGACUCAAUCGUCUCUCCACACCCCCACAAGCCGACCAAUCAGCAUCGCAUCGACAUCCUCGCCACGAAACAGCUUUAGCUGCUCGACCACGAACCCGUACUCAUCUUGCGCAUACCCAAGCUGGCGAUCUGGCUCUGCUCUUCGCAAGAAUGGAACUCCCAGCUCGUAUGUGAGCGACCAGGAUCUCUUUGGCGACGACGAUGAGCAGUACCUGAGUGAGCCACCGCCACCUCCACGCCCAGCCGAAGUCUGGAUGGCGAAGCCGCUUUUGCCGCCGGUCUACCCCGUCAAGUCGAGGAAGAGCAGCAGCUCUAGCAGCGGCAGUCACAAGAAGAAGCGACACAGCAGCUCAGAGAAGGCCAAGGAGUGA